AUGGAGCUGCAGCUCGACGCCCAGGCAGCGGGUGCCAGCAACGAUGAUGCGCAGCCGCUUUUGCCGCUUUCAGCACAGAGCGGCAAGAAUUGGUUGCGUGCUGCGCUGGCUACUGUGGUGAUCGUGGCGGUUGCUAUCGCGUCCGCCAUGGCUUUCAACCACCAGAAGCUUCGGGCGGAGUCCGUCAACUUGGUCGCGACGCAGUUGGCCAGCACCAUCAAGCCUUUAAAGCCGCGGAAGGUGUGUGCUUCAGGCGCAGAGAGUUGCAUGGACUCGGGCUGCUGCAAGCAAACAGGCGCGAAGUGCUUCAAGAUGGAUGACAAGCACGCUUGGUGCAAUAUGACUUGUUCCAAGGGGAAGGGUUGGUCCUGCGAGGACAUUACUGCCACGAAGGAUGAAGUGGCAGCAGAAAACCCAGGUACAACGUUGUACUGCUACACGGUGGUUUUCCGCGAUAACCAUGGCAAGCCCAACCAUGAGCUGGAUUUGUUGAAGAUGCAGAUGCAGAGGGGGCUUUGGCGGAUUUGCAUGCGAUGCGUACGAGAUUUUCAGCGACGUGCAACUCUCGGUGGGCGACUACGAGGCAGUCAAGGUUGA